AUGGAUAACUUACAGAAGAUCAAUGCUGGAAACCACUCAGAAAAGACAACAAACACAGAAUGUGUUUCCACUGAAGAUGAGAACAUCAUAAUAAACCCCCAGUUUGAGGAUGGCCUGAAUAAUUGGUCUGGAAGAGGCUGCAAGAUUGUGUUACAUGAUUCCAUGGGAGGUGGGAAAAUCCUUCCAAAGUCUGGGAAAUUCUUUGCAUCUGCAACAGAACGCACGCAAAGCUGGAAUGGAAUUCAGCAGGAGAUUACUGGACGAGUUCAGCGCAAGCUCGCAUAUGAGGUCACCGCUUUGGUUCGUAUAUAUGGGAACAAAGUCACUACUUCCGAUGUAAGGGCUACUUUGUGGGUUCAAACACCAGAUCUUCGAGAGCAGUACAUAGGCAUUGCAAAUGUGCAGGCAACAGAUAAAGAUUGGGUUCAAAUGCAGGGAAAGUUCCUUCUAAAUGGUUCCCCAUCAAAAGUAGUUGUUUAUUUAGAAGGUCCUCCUCCAGGCACUGACAUUCUUGUCAACACUUUGGUUGUAAAGCAUGCAGCUAAAGCACCACCUUCAACACCCCCGGAUUUUGAGAAUGCUCCUUUCGGUAUUAAUAUAAUUGAGAACAGUAAUCUGGCUAAUGGUACAAAUGGAUGGUUUCCCCUUGGUAAUUGUACUUUGAGCGUUGGAACUGGUUCACCGCGUAUAAUUACACCAAUGGCAAGAGACUCUCUUGGGCCUCAUGAAUCCCUAAGUGGCCGCUACAUCCUUGUAACCAAUCGCACACAGACAUGGAUGGGUCCUGCUCAGAUGAUCACUGAGAAAUUGAACCUCUUUUUAACUUAUCAAGUAUCUGCAUGGGUACGGAUUGGUUCAGGAUCAACUGGGUCUCAGAAUGUGAAUAUUGCCCUUAGUGUUGAUAACCAAUGGGUCAACGGAGGACAAGUUGAGGUUGCUGAUGACAGAUGGCAUGAAAUUGGUGGGUCCUUUAGAAUUGAAAAGCAGCCAUCUAAGGUUAUGGUUUAUGUUCAAGGUCCAGCUUCUGGUGUUGACUUAAUGGUGGCUGGGCUUCAAAUUUUCCCUGUUGAUAGACACGCAAGGUUUAGAUAUUUAAGGAGGCAAACAGACAAGAUUCGUAAGCGUGAUGUUAUCCUAAAAUUCUCUGGGAUGGACUCAUGCGGGUUACUUGGAACGUUGGUGAAAGUUAGACAAAUACAAAACGAUUUUCCAAUUGGAUCAUGCAUCAAUCGAACAAAUAUUGACAAUGAAGAUUUUGUUGACUUCUUUGUGAAACAUUUUAACUGGGCUGUGUUUGGGAAUGAGUUGAAGUGGUAUUGGACUGAGCCACAGCAAGGGAAUUUGAACUACAAGGAUGCUGAUGCUAUGUUAGACUUGUGUCAGAAAUACAAUAUAAACACCCGUGGUCAUUGUAUCUUCUGGGAAGUGGAUGGCACUGUUCAGCAAUGGAUCAAAUCCCUGAAUAAAAAUGAUUUGAUGACAGCUGUCCAAAAUCGCUUAACUAGCUUGUUAACUCGCUACAAAGGCAAGUUCAGGCACUAUGAUGUUAAUAAUGAAAUGUUGCAUGGCUCAUUUUAUCAAGAUAGGUUAGGUAAGGAUAUAAGGGCAAACAUGUUCAAGACUGCACACCAACUAGAUCCAUCUGCUACCCUCUUUGUGAAUGAUUAUCAUGUUGAAGAUGGAUGUGAUACUAGAUCAUCUCCGGAAAAAUACAUUCAACAUGUUCUUGAUUUGCAAAAGCAAGGUGCCCCAGUUGGGGGAAUUGGAAUUCAAGGUCACAUAGACAGUCCUGUGGGGCCUAUUGUUUGUUCAGCACUUGAUAAAUUGGGUACUCUUGGUCUACCAAUCUGGUUUACUGAGCUUGAUGUGUCUUCCACUAAUGAAUAUGUCAGAGCUGAUGAUUUGGAAGUUAUGUUGAGGGAAGCUUUGGCACACCCUGCUAUAGAUGGUAUAAUGUUGUGGGGAUUUUGGGAAUUGUUUAUGAGCCGGGACAAUUCACACUUGGUGAAUGCAGAAGGUGACCUUAACGAAGCUGGUAAAAGAUACCUUGCUCUUAAAAAAGAGUGGUUAUCCCACAGCCAUGGUCAUGUUGAUGAGCCAGGGUAUUUCAGCUUCAGAGGCUUCAGUGGAACAUACAAUGUGGAAGUUGUGACCUUAGCAAAGAAAAUUUCUAAGACAUUCGUUGUUGACACGGGUGACUCGCCACUGGUGAUAUCAAUCGAUUUAUAA